AUGGGUUUCCGGUUGCCUGGAAUUGCUAACGCCAAAAGAAGUCUCACUAGAUCUUUAUCUGCCUCAAAAGUUUCGAAGAGCUUAGAUAUCCCAAAAGGCUACUUUGCAGUCUAUGUUGGGGAGAGUCAGAAGCGAUUUGUGAUUCCGAUAUCGUACUUGAAUGAGCCUGUGUUUCGGGAUUUGCUGAGUCAAGCUGAAGAAGAAUUUGGAUAUGAUCAUCCCAUGGGAGGUAUCACAAUCCCCUGCAGUGAGCACACCUUUCUGGAUCUGACUGCACGCUUGAGUGACUAA